GCAGGAGGGCAUUUGCGUCGCUCAGUCCACAACCUGACUGAGAUUUUCAUUCAGGACAUGAAUCUCGAAGAGCUCCGCAAAAAACUGAUGAACAGUACUCAUUUGGAGGAAAUAAAGGGAGAUAGCCACAGAGAUUACGGUAGCAGUUACAUUUUUCCAAUUCUACAAAGCGUUGACUAUGACAACAAUACGGUGCCAACCGCUUUUGCAGACAUUCCGGUAUUGGUCUCCGUACAAAUGAACAUUUUAUAUUUGGCAAAUUUUGAUAGCGAACUUAUGGAGUAUUCAAUUGAUGUCGAGCUAGAAAUGAGUUGGUACGAUUUGAGAUUGAUGAACAACUACACGAAACCGAUUCGAAUUCGUGAAAAGCAGGUGCUGGAUUUGAUCUGGAAACCAGAUCCGUAUUUUGUGAAUUCAAAGUUUUCCCAAUUCCAUCAAGUCUCUUUUCCGAAUUUCCGUAUGCGAGUAUUUCCUGAUGGACUUGUCAAGUAUACUGUCAGAGUUACUUCGGUGUGCAACUGUUUCAUGCUCUUCUGCCUCUACCCACACGAUCGUCAGGCAUGCGAUCUUCGCAUCAGUUCGAUCGCAUAUCCAGCCUCAUUCGUGCGAUUCGCAUGGCAUCCGGAUCCGGUAUCGUUUCAAUCUGAAAUCGCCCUACCUGAAUUGCAUGUUCAACGAAUUCGAAAUGAGGAAUGCAUCGUAGAAGGGAAACUCAUUCGUUCAUCUUGCCUUCGCCUGGUCUUUGAGCUAGAACGAGAUGGUGGACGAUUCGUGGUCGAAAAGUACAUCCCGAGCACAUUGGCAAUGAUGUUUGCAUGGGUUGCGCCAUACGUACCAUACAACUACGAAGACGUCCGAAUUAUCACCCCGAUUACGGUCCUGCUUACACUCGUACAGAUGGAGAAGGGUGAUAAGGAGAUUCGAACGUCUUACUUGACAUCAAUGGAUGUGUGGUUUGCAGCGAUGAAGGUGUUCACGGCGUUAUCUCUCGUCGAAAGUCUCGUCGUUUUGUCGUUGAUAAAACGAAGUCGAGCAGUGGGCAGGAGUAUUCCGCGGGCUGCGAACGAGCUUCAGAGAGCAAACCUCCAUGCGGAACAGGACCGUCUGACCAGGCUCUAUCACCGCUUGGACAGCAUGUGCCGAUUUCUGUCACCAACUGCUUUUGUAAUAUUCUUUAUCUAUUACGUAUUAUUCGUGGCUCAAGGAGAGGAUCGAGGAUGUGUUGUGAAGUAA